ACCAAGAUAGACAUACAGAGGAGAGAAGGAGGGUGGGGAGGGGGGGCAAAUUCACCUUCAGCAGAGCACCAGCUGGUCCCGAGCUUGAAAGCAGCAGAGAGGAGACAGAAGAGGUGCUGAGCGGCAAAAAGGAGCAGAGAAAAAGUGACUGGAAUGAUAAGAUGAGGAGGCCCGUAAUGUUGAAGCCGUUUCUUAAUGAGGCCCUCCUGGAGCUGGUGCUGGUGCUGUGGCUCGGGCUCCGCGUCCUGGCCGUGUGCCCCUCCGUGUGCUCCUGCAGCCGCAGCCACAGAGAGGUGGACUGUUUCCGGAGGAGCCUGAGAGAGCUCCCCGACGGCUUGCAGCACAACAUCCUCUCCCUCAAUCUGUCCCACAACCGGCUCGUCCAUCUGGACGACAGGCUCGCCUCGUACACCCACCUCCGCGUCCUGGAUUUGUCCCACAACAAGCUGAGCCGCCUUCCCAGAGGCCUGCCUCGCUCCCUCUGGGAGCUCCACGCCUCGUCCAACCGCAUCCAGCUGCUGGACAAGAACGACACGGCCUACCACUGGAACCUGAAGACCCUCGACCUCUCGGGCAACAAGGUAGAGAGGGCCGUCUUCAUCAAUAACACAAUGCCUGAGCUGCGGAUGCUCAACCUCAGCAAAAAUCACUUCUACACUUUGCCCACCAACCUGCCUGCGCACCUGGAUACUGUUGAUCUGUCCCACAACAUGCUUCUGAAGGUGCUGCCGGGCUCUCUUGACCGACUCCCAAAGUUAACCCACUUCUACCUGCACUCUAACCGCUUCUCCUCACUGCCCUUUGGCGUUUUGGACAGGAUGGUUUCACUUCGAGUCGUCACUCUGGGUAGCAACCCUUGGGCCUGCCACCUUCAUGAGGUCGACUACUUGCUGACUUGGACUCAGAGCACCUCGGCACUUGUCCUCGGCUGCCCCUGCUACACCCAGCCUAUGUGUGGAUCGACGCACUCCAGCAGGACUGGAGGUUUGCACUUUGGUUCCUUUGUUCUGCCCCCUCUGGCAGUCGGUGCCUCAGAUCUGAGAUCGGUGUCGCCUGAAGACAGCGUCACGCGGUGGUACUGGUCCGCCUUCGCUCAGCAAAGCACGCCCCAAACCCGCGGAGAGUCUCUAAACACGGGGCACGAUGCCUUCACGGAAACAGCCAUCAGCAUUUCCACCUUCACAAUUAAUCACCUGGCUAGAACCGGCAGCCGAGAGGACAUAGAUCAUCUCAUCUCAGGCACAAAGGAAGCUUCAUCCUCAGCCCCGCUCCACACUACAGACUCAUCCCAUUUCUCUGACAAAAGUCUCAUUACCGACACAUCUAAAGGAAACGGCGUGGAGCUGGCCACCGAUCGAUUCUUUAUAACAGAGGCCUCCUCCACCCAAACAAAGAGGACAGCCACGCUCCGCACCAGAAGCGUCAGGAGACAGAAUCAGUUGCCUUCUGGAGGCAUCAGAAACAGCAGCCCAACCUUCUCUUGGUUUGGUUUCCUUCACGACUUGUGGCUUCUCCCUCUCGUUUUGCCUCAGGUCAUCUGACGCACGGUGUGAAGAGUUUGCGGCAAAAUGUGAAUUCAAAGCAAAAAAAAUAAAUAAAUAAUAAUAAUAAAGCACAAGAGAGAUGAUGCCGGAGUAGUUGUUGCACCCACGAAAGCCAUGUUUCCAGAGAAAGUUUAGACGGUUAAAAAAAAAGAAAAUAGUAACUAUGUCUAACCACUUUUUUGGAUUACAUAAGGUUCACACUAAUGCCAGCAAAAUGGAUUUAUAAAAAAUGUGAAAUCUUUAUGUUCAGCUCUUCAUGUUAUUGCCUCAACAUUUGACACCGUUCUUCAUUGAACCACUAACACACAAUGAUUCAAACAAACAUCAAGGUGCAGCAGCUUAUGAAACUCUUAUCAUUUGCAAUGUUACAAUGUUGAAAAACUUCAAUGUACAAUAUUUCAUUAGGAUUUCACAUGGCUGAAAGGUAGAGAGAAAGAAGGAUGCAUGGUCUUCAGUUGUUUUCACAAGCAAAAGCCUGACUAGAUUUGCAUGUGUUUGCUGUUAAAAUCUGGCAUUUUUUUCACAAAAACGAGAAGCUUCUGACUUGAAAACAUCAACAUUAGAAACUGAGAAAAUGUGAAGCAUUUAAAGAUGCAUGAAUAAGUCUACAGGGCGCCGCAUAAGGUCACAUAUACUGAUCCAAAGCAUGUCUUGUCGACAGGAACUGUGCCAUUACAGCAAAGUACCAUCCUCAUGACGCCACCGAUGUGUUUGAAACGGUUCGCUCACGAGAGCCUGACAGUCACAUCCCAUCAUUCAGAGUCAGAGUCUCAUUUAGGAAUUAUCUUUUAAAAAAAUUGAAAUUCUUUCAACAGACGAUUUAUAAUUUAAAUAAUUGAUCACAAAUCUCUGAAAGUCAAUGAGGGGUCUGUGAAAUAGUUUUGAGGUGAGUUUUUUUUGUUUUUUGUUGCUGUUGUUUGUGUCUGGAGUAACUUUAAUGAUGGAAGUGUUUUUUAAACCCAAGUGGAGUAUCACCAGAAAAUGAAUGUGAGAGGGCCGAGAGUUCGCGGGCAAUCUGCAUCAGCUUUUCAGCCUCAUUAGCUCUGUUUGUAAUGAAUGCUUCUCGGUCUUUGCAAUUUUACACAGAUAAAGCCCUGCUCUCCUCUGAUGAUCCCUCCCCGUUCUUUGCUUUUCUUGUCUUCUGAAAGUCUGGCCCUCUCUCAAACGCGCUUUUCUUCCACAUUUUAAGUAGCAUCCUCUCUUGACACUCUUCAGCUUUUACGCCAUGGGUAAUUUUUUUCGACAUAAAACAUUGACACAAUAUUUGUAAUGCUGCUUCUUAUAAAAGACUCUUCUUGAACAUUUGUGAGAAAAAACAACAGUGAAUGUAAUGAAUGAAGCUAAGCACAUGAUGGCACUAUACAUUCAGCAAACAGCUUGUUGUGGAGCUGAAUCCUUCUUUGACUUUCUGCCAACGCUGCCUGAGAAGCUUUUUUGUUACACCUGCGGUCCACAAUAGCUGUUCAGUGUCAUUUCUAUUUUCUCACUCAUUUUUUUUUUUUUUGUAAUUGCAAGUUUUAUUCUGCUUUCUGAAACCCACCUUUCCUUCUUACCUCUUUAACAAACACAGUGUUCUCCUUUAAUUAAAAACAAGUAUGUGUGGACGUCCCCAGUCCCUGUUUCAUGUGAUUCUGCUAACUCAUUUUGAGCUUUCUGUGCAGGAGCCAACAUCCCUGGACAGGAUGUGUACAUUUGUAACGACACGAGCUUAACAGGAAGCAACAGAGACUCUGUCGAACAGAGGGUAAACAAAUGGACAAAACAGCGAGUGCAGAGCGCCUCUUGCGUAUUUUGAUCACAUCUGAGACUUAAGUGUCCUUCAUGAUUCACUGGCGCUAGUGAAAAUCAUCUGCAUGGUGACUGAACGUUUGGGGAAUGCAAACUUCCUGGUGUUUUACUGCAGAGGGUUAAAGAGUUUAUGAUUUUUUUUUUCUUUUCCUGUAGAAUGCUAAGAUAUUCAAAUCCUCCUGAUUGCAUUAAACAGCUGUGAUGCCCCUCUGCAGCUUUUUUUUUUUU